CAGAGAAGAAGUGGGGGAAAAUGAUACCAAAUUUUUAUACACUACUUUCUUUAAAUGUUCCUGGAGAUUUUCCAUUUCUUGUACAUCUCGUUCUUUUCCCUCCUGGACUGUUAAUCCCAAAGAAUUCACCUCUUUUUUUUUUUUUUUUGGCGGAUCACCAGAACUCCAACACAACUCAUGGCUUCCAAAUAUGAAUCCUUCAGAAAAUGGAAAUAUGAUGCUUUCUUGAGUUUUAGAGGGGAAGAUACCCGCAAUAACUUUGUCGCUCAUCUUUACAAAUGUUUAGAAGACAGAAGAAACAAGACAUUCAAGGACGAUGAGAAACUUCAAAGAGGAAAAUUCAUUUCAGCAGAGCUCUCGGAAGCCAUUGAGGAGUCAAGAACUGCCAUUAUCAUCUUCUCUGAGAACUAUGCUUCAUCCAAAUGGUGCUUGGAGGAGCUCGCGAAGAUCAUGGAGUGCAUAAACAAGAAGGGUCAGGAAGCCAUCCCAGUCUUCUAUAAGGUUGAGCCAUCAGAUGUACGCAUGUAGAGAAAUAGCUUUGCUAAAGCACUGGCCAAGCACGAGGCAGAUCUCAAGGGUACUGAUUUGGAGAAGUUGCAGAGGUGGAAGGACGCUCUACGUGACGCAGCCAUUAUAUCAGGAUGGGAUGUUCGCAAAACUGCCAAUGGCUACCGAAAAGCAUUUAGUGGGAAUCGAAGCUCGAAUUGGUGGAGUGGAGUCGCUGUUGGGAGUUGGAUCAGGCGGUGUUCGUUUUCUCGGAAUCUGGGGCAUGGGUGGCGUGGGGAAGACAACUAUUGCUAGAAAACUUUAUGACAAGAUUUCUCAUCAGUUUCAGAGGUCUUGUUUUCUUGAAAAAGUUCGAGAUGAAUCAAAGAUGAAUGGGCUGAAGCACUUGCAGAGAACACUCCUUUCAAGAAUCUCAAAUGGUAAAUCAGUUGAAAUACAAGGUGUUUUUGAAGGAGCGAGCAGGAUUAAAGAUAAUCUUUGUCUCGGGAAUGUCUUAAUUGUUUUUGAUGACGUGGAUGAUGAGCACCAAUUGGAGAAUUUAGUUGGAAUGCCUGACUGGUAUGCUGAUGGUAGUAGAAUCAUUAUAACAACUAGAGACAGUGAUUUACUUUGUGAAAACAGCCAAUUAUAUCCUGUCUCUGAAUUGUCUAAGCAGGAGGCUCUUGAACUUUUUAGUUUGCAUGCCUUUCAGAAACGAUCGCCGGAUAUAGAGUUUCUCAAUCUCUCCAAGUCCGUAGUAGAUUAUGCUAAAGGCUUACCCUUAGCUCUUAAGGUCCUGGGAAGUUUUCUCUACAAACGAGGUGUAACUGAGUGGAGAAGUACUUUAGAUAGACUCAAAGACACUGGGAACAAAGAUGUUAUUGAGCAGCUCCGCCUGAGUCUAGAUGGAUUGACCCCCAAAGACAAGAAUAUAUUUCUUGAUGUUGCUUGUUUCUUUAGAGGAAAAAGGGAAGAUUAUGUGAUAGAAAUACUAAAAAGUUUUGGUUUGAAUCCAGAGAUAGGAAUAGCUGUCCUUGCUAAAAGAUCACUUUUAUAUAUUUCAGAAGGAAGGAUUGAGAUGCAUGAUUUGAUAGAACAAAUGGGUCAACAAGUGGCACGUGAUGGUGAACAGGACAUGCCAUGGAAUCACACUAGACUAUGGCAUGAAAAAGAUAUAAAAACUGUUUUUUCUAUAAAUCAGAGGGCAGAGUCAGUUAGAGGUAUAGCUGUACCAACUGGCUUAGACCGACAUAUAUGCAAGUUUAGCAAAGCUUUCAGAAACAUGCCUUGUCUUAGGUUACUCAUGGUCAAAGGGGAGGAAGUCCGACGGCAUGAUCCUAUUGCUGAACCUAUUAAGCAUCUGCCCAGUAGCUUGAUAUGGCUUGAUUGGAGAUACUACACUUUUGAAUCUCUUCCAGCAAAUUUUGAACCAGAGAACCUUGUUGCGCUCAAAAUGACUUUUAGUUCUCUUGUUCAACUUUGUAAGGAGCCAAAGGAAUUUGACAAGUUGACAAUCCUCAAUUUAAGUUUUUCUGAGAGUUUACUCAGCACGCCCAAUUUUUCAGAUAUCCCACAUCUGCGGAGAGUUGUCCUGAAAGGUUGUGUUAGCUUGGUAAAGGUUGAUCCAUCCAUAGGGAAUCUUAAAAAGCUUAUUUUUCUGGACAUGGAAAACUGCAAAAAUGUUGAGUUGUUAUCAAGUAGUAUUCAGAUGGAAUCUCUUGAAAGCUUUAACCUCUCUGGUUGUGAGAAACUAGAAACAUUUCAAGAAAUAAGGGGGAAAAUGGACUUGCUAUCAGAGCUCCUUUUAGGCCGUACCGCAAUAGGGGAGCUGCCCUCAUCAAUAGGACGGCUAAAUGGUGUCAGCUUGCUUGAUUUGCAUUCAUGUAAGAACCUUGUAACACUCCCAACCAAUGUUUCUGAGAUGAGAAAGCUAAGAAUUUUGAAUCUUAAAGGCUGCUCAAAACUUGAAAUCUUUCCAGAGAGCCUAGUUGAUCUACAACAGCUGGAGGAGCUCUAUGCUGGCAACACAGCCAUUCUUCAACUACCAGAUUCUAUUCGAAACUUCAGCAAACUUGAAGUCCUGUCACUAAGAAGAGGAAAUAAGUGCCAAUUCUCUGGGAGUUUGAUACUCCCAUCUUCAUUUGGUGAUUUGCACACAUUGAGAAGCUUAGAUCUCAGUGGUUGUUGUUUAUCUGGUGAUGAAGUUAAUGCUCUUAUACUCUUGCCCUAUUUAUUGGAAUUAAACCUGAGUAGAAAUAAGUUUACUUCUUUACCUGACGGCAUCAGUCGGCUUUGUCGACUUCAAUAUCUCAACAUAACAUGCUGUCAGAAACUGAAAGGACUUCCCAAACUUCCUUCAAGUAUAGAGGAAUUAUAUGCAGAUGAUUUUCUGGCCAAACAAAGUACUAAAGAGCUACAGAUGUAUCUGAGAUUGAAUUUGGUCUCCUUCACCAGUUAUAGAUUUGAUCAACCAUCUUAUAAAGAAAAGAGCAGUGGAAGCUCAGUUUUGGAUGAGAUCUUCUGUUUGUUUCUCUCAAACAAUAUGGAUGAUGUGCUCAUCCCUUCCCUUAACUCUGAUCACCGUGUAAGUUGCUCUAUUGUCUUUCCUGGAGCUGCAAUUCCCACGUGGUUUAAACAUCAAAGUACUAAGCAAACGAUCUCGUUUGAACUGCCCAAGGAUUGGUACAAUGAUGAGUUUGAGGGCUUUGCUAUAUGCUGUGUGACCCUCAUGGGAGCAGGUUUCUUUGAUCCUGAUUCGGGGCUGUCAGGGAAGUAUGACUAUACAUUCAUCAAAGCCAAAUUGAUACACAAUAAUACAGUGCUAGAGAAAGAAUGUAAAGUGGGCACGGUAUCCAGAACUUAUGGCUGGUGUGUUUGCUUUACCUGCAUACCAUUGUAUUCUUCGCUGCAGGCAUCUGGCGCAGCAGACGUUAAGAACCUUAACCAGUAUCGCCUAUUUGAGGCAUCUAUCCCGGGGCGCAUUGUGAGACAAUGGGGAGUUCAGUUGAUCUACAAGGGUAAUAGCCAAUUUUAUCGUAAUCGCCGCAGUCUACAGAGGUUGAUUGGAAUUCAAUCAAACUUUGCUGCAUUAUGAAGCCUGUCAGUAAGUAGCUCUGUGUUGGAUCAUGACGGGAACUACUAAGGAAAACUAUCGGAGGCUGUUAUUAUCAAUGUAAAAUAUCAUUGGGAUUAUUGUACAAUGAGGGACAGAAAGAUACGAUAGGAAAACAACUUUUUGAAGAAGGAUAAUGUGAAUUAUAAAAAUCCAUGAA